GUAGACGCGUGCAGAUUACAGACAGACGGGACGGAGCGCUGCUUUUCAUGAAUGUGGCCUUUUCACAGUCUUCAUACUGAGUAAGGCGAAUUAUGCGUUUACAUUCUCAAAACACUUAGAAUGAGAUUCAUUUGAUCGAGUUAUUCGUGAAGAAAUGUCUGCACAGCAAAGAGCGGUGCAGCUGUCAGCAGCCUCGCUCGCUGUGGUUCUCGGUCGAGACGAGGACAGCAAAUUGAACGCGUCCGGUACCAACGGGCAGGACGUGUUUGAGGAUUUUAAAUCACAGAAUUCCCGAAGCUUUUGGAAUAAAAGGCUUGUGAACGCCGUGACUGACGUUUAUUUCCAGGGAUGGCUGGAGAACUACGUGCUACUCGUCCAAGGCAAUGCCAAUAACUUGGAGGUGCUGAGGGAAGCAUGGAUGCGCAGGGCGCUCAGGUCACCUAAAGGAUUCACUAUUAAAGCAGUGGGUGAUCUCUCUCCAGUGCAAAUGUCACCGAUCUCCCAGUCUCAGUUCAUCCCGCUGUCUGAAAUAUUGUGCUCUGUCAUAUCAGACAUGAAUGCCACCCAUGUGGUUGUAAACCAGGAGGCAUUAAUCAAUCAUAUGACGAAAGCACACCCAGGAAUGACCAUUCCUACUCAAGACAUUCUCUACAAUGCUCUUGGAAAUCUUAUUAAGGAGCGGAAGAUUUAUCACACGGGCGAGGGCUACUUUGUGGUCACUCCUCAAACGUACUUCAUCACCAACAACAUGGUAAAAGAAAGGAAUUGGUGGAGUACUGCUGACAAUGACCUGCCCUCACCUCCUCCUAUCACGUACCUGGUGAGCAAUGAGAGUUGCAUGGACACCUCUGCUGAGAUGCCUGGCGUGGCUCAUUGUAAAUCCUGCAGCUGCUUCUCUUCUCCAUCCAAUGUACCUUUAUCUCUCCAAGACCAUCAAUCCACCAGCAUAAGCGAGUGCACGGGCAAAAGCCUCAAGUUGCCAAAAGAGCAUAAGCCUGCAGUUCAACACCAGUCCACUUCUACAGCAGCCGAUUACCAGGCCAGCGAGAUCAGCAAAUCCACCACCGCCGCUAGCCGUAAGGACAAAGAAAAAGCUGGCCGCAAAUUCGGUCUCAACCUGUUUCGAAGAAACACGGGGAAGAAAGAGACCAAGCUUAAGAAAGAAUAUGCCACGUUCUCCGGACAAUUUCCACCCGAGGAAUGGCCUGUCAGAGAUGAAGAUGAUCUGAAUAACCUCCCCAGAGACCUGGAACAUGCCAUCAUCAAACGGAUCAACCCAGAGCUAACCGUGGACAAUUUAGUAAAGCACACGGUUCUUAUGAAGAAGCUUGAGGAGAAAGCCGAGUGGAGAGAGAGGGCCGUCGACAAGGGCAUUUCCACCGAAGCCCUCGUUACUAAGCAGAGGCAUCAGACCUCAAAGACCGCAGGGAGGAAGUCUGUCCAUCGAGCUACUCGCAGUAAGAGAAGAGGACCUUCGUCCAAAGAGAAACAGAAAGGAAAGAACAAGACUCUGCAAUGUGAUGAAGAUGUAGAGACGGAUGAUCAAAUUUUGCCUGAAUUGGUUUUGGAGGAACCUGGCAAACACGAAGAAACCAUGAUUCCAAAAUGUGUUUACAAAAAACAGAUAGACAACCCAUUUCUAAUGUUGCCAGGUAGAGACAUGGAACCAAAUGCGGGUCAUAAAGAACAAAGGAGGAAAAUCACUGGGCGGCGAGAAAGAUCAGGUCACAGGUCAAAAUCUUGGGAUCCUCAUCGGGCCCAAGCAGUCACUGCUGGUGUGGAGAAAUCUCACACGUUGAUGGACGCAACCUGUGAACAGCUUCACGAAAGAGCGCUGACUGUGAACUCCAGCCUGGAUGGUAAACCAAUGAAAGAGCUUUGCGGAGAUUACAGCUCUGUCUACCCUCAAAGCAGCACUUUGAGGAUAGAGGACAAAAUUAAGCAGAGAGAAAAUAAAGUCAGAAGCAAAGAGUGCAGAAAUAGCAGAGUAAGAGAAAUUCAACAUAAUGCUUUUCAAUGUGAAGAUUUGAGAAGUGACCCGAAGAACACAUGUGACACGACAGAAGCACCUCUCUUAUGGCCCAAUCCCACAAUUCAGCGUAGACUUUCCCUGCAUCUACAUAACAGCAAGGAAGCGUCACAUCACCGUCCUGAUCUGCUGUCUUCGCACCAGCAAUCUGGCAACAUAACAGGCAGCCAACACCUGUCCAACAUCCAGAACCUAGACAGAAACACAAGUCAGACUGAAAGUGAGGCGUAUAGCGAUGAAGAACAUCACAUUUAUCAGAAGGCAGAUGGAGAUGGUGAUGUCUGUAGCACCUUUAACGUGAUUGAGGAGCGUGUGCACGAGACUGCCACAUCCCGCUGCCGGCAGCCUGUCUGUUUGGAUGGAGAAUGGGAUGUCAAUUUCAUCGAGGGCCACAUAGCAAAUGCUCAUCACAAACCUGUUAGUAGCACACAAAGGCAGCAUGAAUAUAGGUGGCAGUCUCUUCUUCAGAAAGAUGCCAGCCCCAGACAAGAUGCCCAAGGUCUGGGGAAAAGACUUCACGAAACGGAUCAUGUAGAAGAUGAACCCUCUGAAGCCCUGGAAAGCAGCAUUUUUGACUAUUGUCACACAAGCGAAGUGGAAUCUGAUUCUGAGACCAUACAUAAGUCUGCAGAUGAAGCUGAGGGCCACUGGAUCUGUCGUGGAGAAUUAAAGGACUGCCAUAAGAGCACAAUAAAGACAUCAGAGGAUGCUAGCAACAUUCAUAAUACAACGCUCCACCCGACAGGGGCCUGCGCAGGAGAAACCACAGAGAGUCAAAGUAACCCUGCAGAUAGUGGAAUUGACUCUCCAAGGACACAUAUGAGUUUAACCUCCAGUAAUUCAGCCAUACUCAAAGGACUGAAGCAUCGUGGUUUCCUGCAGACUUAUGAGAAGCCCCACUCCAAGAGUAACAACAUUCAUUCUCAGAGCUCUCUUCUCAAACUUACACCCGUCAUGAAUGUUUAAAAAAUAAAUCAGAUCAGAAUAUGCAGGGUUAUAAAAUGUAUAAAAUGUAUAGAAUUAUUUUUAACAAAUGUAAAUAGAUUUUCCCUAAAUACUACUUUAUAGAAUGUAGUUGGUUUUAUAUACUUUCUGCAUCAUCAUUACAUUUAACUGAUCUGACCUAUUGGUUUAUUUUUGUAAACAUGUUUUUGAAAACGGGUCUUUGGUUGUUAGGAGAACAUGACGAGAGAUUAUUUGAUGAAGUUAAUCCUCUACAUUAUUUCUGUGUAAAUAGGUUAUGGGCACAAAUAAAAGUAUGUU